UGGUCACACCUCCGCGACUGUUCUCGGCCGAUAUAAUGACUUGAGGCGAGCGCAGCCAAUCAUAGCGGCGGGCGCUGAUGGGCUGGGGCUGAGUGUGCGGAGAGGGAGCGGGGAAAGCGGCCGGAGCGAUCGGUGGCGAUUUUUGUCUCCCCGCUCGCUCAUUGCCACCGCCAGAUCUCCACUGCGGGUGGGCUCUGACCUCGCUGCAGCGUGGGCACCGCUGGCAUUUGCAAGCGGAGCCGGGGGCUGCUCGCACGGCGGAAGCGCUGAGCCACAAAGCAGCAUCACCAGGGUUACAUUGCACGCACGUUUUACUUGCGACGGGGACACAAAGUAGUGGCCAAGAUGUCGAAGGAGGACAUAGUCUGCGAGGAAAUUGUGGAAUCUAAAGUGAUGUGGUACCCCGACUCCAAAAGGAACACACACAUGGACCAAUUCAGGAAGCUCAUCAGUGACAAGUUUGGCCUGCAGCUGAUCAAUUAUAAUGAACUAUAUCAGUGGUCGGUGGAGAAUUAUCCUGAGUUUUGGGCAGAAUUUUGGAAAUUUAGUGGAUUGGUUUAUUCUCAUCAUUACAGUGAGGUGAUUGACAGGAGGAAAGGAAUUGCAGAUGCUCCUGAAUGGUUCAAAGGGAGUAAAUUAAACUAUGCAGAAAAUCUUCUGAAGCAUAAAGAUGAUGACAAAGUGGCUCUUUAUGCAGCAUCAGAGGGUAAGGAGGAGAUUGAGAAAGUGACGUUUGGAGAGCUAAAGAGAGAUGUUGCUUUGUACGCUGCAGCACUUCGAAAGAUGGGGUUGAAGAUAGGUGACAGAGUUGUUGGUUAUCUUCCAAACUGUAUUCAAGCGGUUGAAGCCAUGUUAGCCACAGCUAGUAUUGGUGCCAUUUGGAGUUCAACUGCCCCUGACUUUGGUGUAAAUGGUGUACUAGACAGGAUCUCUCAAAUCCAACCAAAGCUAAUUUUUUCAGUUGAAGCGGUUAUUUACAAUGGCAAGGAACAUGAUCACAUGGAAAAGCUGCAGAAUGUAGUGAAAGGUUUGCCCGACUUGGAGAAGGUAGUAUUAAUACCAUAUGUAAAAUCAAAAAGAGGCCGUGGACUUGUCCAGGAUACCAACAGCGUGUUUCUAGAUGAAUUCCUUGCCACUGGGAAGGAGGGAGACCAUGGUCCACAGCUUGAGUUUGAGCAGCUGCCAUUCAAUCACCCGCUUUUUAUUAUGUACUCCUCUGGCACAACAGGGGCACCAAAAUGUAUGGUGCAUUCAGCUGGGGGCACACUCAUCCAGCACCUGAAGGAGCACAUUCUCCAUGGCAACAUGAGCAGCAGUGAUGUCAUUAUCUACUACUCUUCAACUGGCUGGAUGAUGUGGAACUGGCUCAUUUCAGCUCUUGCUACAGGAGCUUCGGUUGUCCUGUAUGACGGAUCUCCUCUGAUCCCCUCACCAAACGUGUUGUGGGACUUGGUGGACAAACUUGGAAUUACAAUACUUGGGACUGGUGCAAAAUGGCUGGCUGUUCUGGAAGAAAAGAAUCUGAAACCAGGUGAAACUCACAGUCUGCAGACACUACACACUCUCCUAUCAACUGGAUCUCCUCUCAAACCUCUGACCUAUGAUUAUGUCUACAAGCACAUCAAAAGCAAUAUCCUGUUGGGCUCAAUCACAGGUGGUACAGACAUCAUUUCAUGUUUCAUGGGCCAGAACUUCACCAUUCCAGUCUAUAGAGGAGAGAUACAAGCAAGGAACCUGGGAUGGCUGUGGAAAUCUGGAAUGAAAAAAAGACAAGUUCUGUGGGGAGAAAGUGGAGAGCUGGUGUGCACCAAACCCAUUCCCUGUCAACCUACACACUUCUGGAAUGAUGAAAGUGGCAGCAAAUAUCACAAGGCAUACUUUGCUAAAUUUCCAGGUGUCUGGGCACAUGGUGACUACGCUAAAAUAAACCCCAAAACUGGAGGGAUCGUAAUGCUGGGCAGAAGUGAUGGCACUUUGAAUCCAAAUGGAGUGAGAUUUGGAAGCUCUGAAAUCUACCACAUCGUUGAAGCCUUUGAGGAAGUUGCAGAUAGUCUCUGUGUCCCGCAGUACAACAAGGAUGGUGAGGAAAGAGUCAUCCUUUUCCUGAAAAUGGCCUCCAAUCAAGUUUUUACAGUAGACCUGGUGUUGAAGGUGAAAAGUGCCAUCCGAAAGGCUUUAUCAGCUAGACAUGUCCCUGCCUUCAUACUGGAGACUAAAGACAUUCCUUACACCAUCAGCGGAAAGAAAGUAGAAGUGGCAGUGAAGCAAGUUAUCGCUGGCAAAGAUGUGAAACAACGUAGCAGCUUCUCCAAUCCAAAGUCUCUUGACCUCUACAAGGACAUCCCUGAACUUCAGAACUUCUGAAAAUCAUAUUUAUAUAUGUGCAAAGUAAAUUUUAUUCAAUAGAGUAACUGUUUCACUUGGAAGACAUUGGUGCAGUUUUGUGUUUCAUUUUUCUCAAUGCUCCUGCAAAAUUGAAUAUACUUAUGAACCUAUACUUAUGCAAGUAUAAUUGGGACAUCUUUAAUCAAACCUGAAGUUGGAAAAUUGACUCGAUUGGAUGUGAUGGUGAUUCUAUAUUCCAUUGAAGUUAGUGGAAUAUAACUUUGGGGAAGAUACUAAAAGUAUUGUUUCAACUGAUCCUGAAGUUUUCCUGUCCACGAGUUAAGUUUAAUUCUCCCCCACUAAAAGAAAACACAGUUUUUGGUACUGUCUUUUUUGAACUGUGAGCAAUUCUUUUAUAGAUAGGAAAGAAAAUAAUAGCUUGUAAAAUCAUGAUAGUAUUGUUUUUAAAUUGAUGUUGAAAUUAAUUUGAAUUUAUUUUGGUUUAAAUGAAAAUGAAGUCUGAAGCAAAUAUAGUACAGGAAAUGUUAGAAAUACUUAACUCAGGCAACACCUGUGGAGAAAGGACUAACAUGCAAUAGGAGAAUCAUCGCCAACACCAGAUGUCCAAAGAAUAGAUGGGGUAACUGCUGGUAAGGAUUCCGCUACUCCAGUUUACAUAUUUAACUCCAUCUUUUGUUUCUUUACAUGUCCAUAUCUAAAUUCUUCUGCCUUGCAGUUUCGUACCUUUAGUGCUGUUUAAUCUUUUCUACCUUCCAUUUCUGUUACAAAUCUUUUUAUGUUUUCCUUUCUCUCCCUGCCUCUGUACCUUGUUAAAAUCUCUUACAUCUCUGACAUUUGCAGCUCUAAUAAAAGGUUAUCAACCCAAAACAUUGGCUUUGUUUCUCCUUUCACAGAUGUUGACUGACAUUCUAAGUAUUUUCAUGUCUUUGGUUUGGCUUUCUUGGAACUGCAACAUUUGGCUUUUGUCAAUUGGCCAUUGCCAAUUCAUUCUUAGCUGUGUCAGUUCUGUGUAAUAUAUUAAUGGAAAUAAUUUGAUCCUCUAAUGCACAAUGAACUUGCACUACACAAUUAUAUGUUUUAAAUGUUUGUUUUAUUGCACAAGAUGUACCAGGUCCCAUCCAAGAUUGCUUUUAUUUGAAGAUUCAGUUUAUAUCAGAAAAACUCUAACUAAUAAGUCAAAGGUGGUCACUGAUCUUGAAUAGUCAUCAGUGUGAACUAAUUUUGCCAUGAUGUCCAGUUGAAAUAAAGUAACAAUGGCAGUAAUGCAAAAAUGAUGUUGAGCACAACAGCAGUUUCCUUGGCAUUGUAUUUUUCCUCAGUUGUGAAAACUCAGAGUAUGUUUUUAAAAAAAACUGUGUACUUGUUUUUGUCUCAAAAGAACAGUUAAUAAAGCAAAAUAACAAUGGGCAUCUUUGCUCAAAGUGCAAGAUUACUAAAUUCUGUAGUGAUCUGUGUAUAAGAUGAGCUUUCCUUUCAAUCUGCUACAGGUGGCAAAAUGUGUACAUUCUUUGUGGUCCCGCAUGAUUUUUAAUAUUGAUGAGACCAUCCAUUCCCAGGGCUGAAACCCCAUUGAUCAAUGUGAAAGAUAAGGCAUUGUAUGUUAGCUGCAGAUGUUUCAGGUAUAAAUCCCUUUAAAUUGUAUGUUGUUUGAAAAUAAAAUUUCAUAUUGUAAACCCAGGA